AUCAGUCGCCAUGGCCAGAACCAAGCAGACCGCUCGUAAGUCCACCGGAGGCAAAGCCCCCAGGAAGCAGCUGGCCACCAAGGCCGCCCGGAAGAGCGCCCCGGCCACCGGCGGAGUGAAGAAGCCUCACCGCUACAGGCCCGGUACCGUGGCUCUGAGGGAGAUCCGCCGCUACCAGAAGUCCACGGAGCUGCUGAUCCGCAAGCUGCCCUUCCAGCGGCUGGUGAGAGAAAUCGCUCAGGACUUCAAGACCGACCUGCGCUUCCAGAGCUCCGCCGUCAUGGCCCUGCAGGAGGCCAGCGAGGCUUACCUGGUGGGGCUGUUCGAGGACACCAACCUGUGCGCCAUCCACGCCAAGAGGGUCACCAUCAUGCCCAAAGACAUCCAGCUGGCCCGCCGCAUCCGCGGGGAGAGAGCUUAG